AUGUCAUGGCGGGCUCGGUGCCUUCAUGCCUCUUUGCGACCAAGACCAAGACCAGGACCAGGAGGGCUACGAUGGCUGCCAGGAUGCCGUCCAAGUGUCAAAACACGAUGCCAAUCGACGUCCAACGAACCAGGACCGGCACGGCCACAGCCGGCGACAAAGGAGUCGACCAAGUCGAACUCGAACUCGAGCUCGAGCAGCGGUGAUGACAAGACGCCACCGAACAAUGAAGAAGAAAAGCCGAUCGACGGACGGUUCUCCGACUUGGGCCGACUGAUCGCGGACGACUUUGCGCAUUUCCAGGAGCGGUACUCGACGCCGCAGCACCCGAUCGUGCUGGCUCACGGGCUGAUGGGGUUCGACGAGUGGCGACUGGCGGGACCGUACCUGCCCGGCAUCCACUACUGGCGCGGGAUCACGGAGGCGUUUGGGCGCAACGGGAUCGAAUGCAUCACGACGGCGGUGCCCCGGACUGGCAGCAUCGAGGAGCGGGCGGCGGUGCUGAUGGAGGAGAUCGCGCACAAGCUGCCGGGCCGGCAGGUCAACAUUGUGGCCCACAGCAUGGGCGGCUUGGACGCGCGAUACCUAAUCUCGCGCCUGUGCCCGCCGCCGUCGGCGUUCGUGGUGCGCAGCCUGACCACCGUGGCCACACCGCACCGCGGCUCGUCCGCCGCCGACAUGGUCUUCCGCGACAUCGGCCCGGACCUGAUGCCGCGGCUGUUCCGCGCCCUCGACCGGCUCAACAUCAGCUCGGGCGCCUUCUCGCAGCUGACCACCGCCUAUGUCACCACAAAGUUCAACCCGGCCACCCCGGACGACCCGGCCGUGCGCUACUUCAGCUACGGCGCCAGCGCCACCCCACACCUCUUCAGCUUCUUCCGCCUCACCCACGACCUGAUGUCGGUCGUCGAGGGCCCCAACGACGGCCUGGUGUCCGUCUACUCCUCCAAAUGGGGCCACUACAUGGGCACCCUGAUGGGCGUCACCCACCUGGACCUGAUCAACUGGACCAAUCGCCUCAAGCGCAUCGCUGCGAGAGUCGGCCUCGCCCAAGAGAACUUCAACGCCGUGGCCUUUUACCUCGGCGUCGCCGACAUGCUUGCCAAAGAGGGGCUUUGA